AUCCCUGACGGCUCGCCGCCGGCGUGCCGCACGCCCGUCCGGUGUCUUCGCCCCGCCCCGCACCCGCAGUCUGGCGGCGGCGGGGCAGCCCGGGGCCCUUUCGGGGCGCAGCGCUGCUCUGUGGGGGCGUCCAGGAGGCCCCUGCAGAGGAGGCGCGGGAGCGCUCGCCGAGCGGGGCCUUGUUGCGCCCGCGCGCGCGCCGACCUCCUCUCUGUGCCCGAUCUGGGCGGGCCGCGCGGAUACGUCACCCUGUACCUCUACCUCAACGAUCGGGGGGAGGGCGGUGAGACCUGUUUCCCGCUGGCAGACGACCGGUGGCACCGGCAACUGCCGCACCAGCAGAUCUUCGACCUGUCGAUGGGACCAGAGUUCGUGUCGAACUACUCCAUGAGGAGGCCAGAAGGCCCAGACACCCAGCAUCUUUCUUGGAAUGGCCUCGGCGAGCGCGACGGCCUCGCCGCGCACAUGGCGAUGAUGCCGGAUGGCGCGGUGAAGUACGGGGCGAACCUCUGGCUGAACGCGCCGUGGUGGGGCGCGACUCCAGGCCGCCGCGAGCGGAGGCGGAGGCGGAGGAGGAGCUCGAGCCCCCGCGGGGGCGGCGACCUGUGA